AUGAGUAGCAAGCAACCACCAACACGGUCAUCACGUACCAAAUGCUGGGCAGCUCGAGAUGCCUACUUUGCGUGUCUAGAUUCUCACUCUCUCUGGCUGCGGGGACUAGCUCCUAAAACACAUGCAGAGGUGGUGGAAGUCGAUCCAACUGCUCCUAAAAUAACGCCAAUGACCGACAAGUCACUCUCUAGACAAGAAUUAAAGAAUCUAUAUGCUUGUGGAAGUGAGGGCAAAGUGUUUGAAAAAGAAUGUUUGGCUAGUUGGGUAAUGCAUUUCAGUCUAUUACGAGUCAAGGAUUUACAGACUCAAGCUCUGAAAAAAAAGCUUGACGAACGUGAAAAGGACAGGGAAUCCAACGAUUCUGGGUUUUGGGAAAAAGCCGCAUCGCCAACUGCUAAACAAUGA